CCGAGCGAGUGAGUGUUUCCCUGGCGGGGCCUAGUCUGACAAUGCUGGCGGUGGUGGCAGCUCCGGUUUCCUGAGGCGUUAGGGCGGCGCCACCUUUUCUCGAUUCCCCUCGGGCGCAACGCAAGGCCGAGGCGAAGCCGGCGGUGCCUCUGAGGCUGAUUAUGGAAGAGGCCCAUAAAAGGAACAGUAACAAUUCAGCACCACCCCCACAAGCAACAUCUUUACAAGGUACCACUCUACAGACAGCUCAGCUUUCUCGUGUUUCUCAACAGAUGUCCCUUAGAGGUCCAACUCCACUGACAGUGGUACAGCUUUCUGGAGAUCAGGUCCAGGGAGUCAUUCAUACAGCUCAGACCUCCUCUGUAAUUCACUCACCUCAAGGGCAAUCAGUGCAGGUAUCUUUGUCAGAGAGUGAGGAUUCACAAGAUUCCUCAGAUAGCAUAGACUCUUCACAGAAAGCUAGAGGUAUCCUCGCACGCCGUCCAUCUUACAGAAAAAUCUUCAACGAUCUUUCUUCUGAAGAUACACGGGAUAGGAAAGAUGAAGCGGAUCCUGGUGUAUCUACGAUCACAUCAAUGUCUGUGCCUACACCUGUUUACCAAACCAGCACUGGGCAAUAUAUUGCCAUUGCCCCAAAUGGACCUUUGCAGCUGAGCAACCCAGGUGCAGAAAGUGUACAAGGUUUGCAAACAUUUACAAAUGCUGGUGGGACUCCACUAUUACAAUAUGUACAGACAUCUGAUGGUCAACAGAUACUUGUGCCAAGCAACCAGGUAGUAGUGCAGACUGCAUCAGGUGAUAUGCAGACAUACCAGAUACGCAGUACACCAACCGCCACUUCCCUCCCACAGACUGUUGUGAUGACGACUCCUGUCUCCUUGACAUCUCAGUCAACCAAGACAGAUGAUCCACAGUUGAAACGAGAAAUACGGCUGAUGAAAAACAGAGAAGCAGCUCGAGAGUGUCGUAGAAAGAAGAAAGAAUACGUUAAAUGUCUUGAAAAUCGAGUCGCUGUCCUUGAAAAUCAGAACAAAACUCUAAUUGAAGAACUAAAAACUUUGAAAGACCUUUACUGCCAUAAGAAUGUGUAAGAAAAAGGCCUUUUUUGUGAACAUCAGAACAUCAGAAGGAAUUUUUUAUAUUAAUUUUUAAAAAUUAAAAUGAAAGGUCAAAAAUAAAUCUCUUCUAUUCAAAUUCUACAACUUUAAGACUUAAGAUUUUAUUUAGAACUUGUUUGAUGGCAGAGUACACAAAGGAAGCAUGAAACUUCAUGAAGAGUUCUGCUGGCACAACUGGAAACUUCAUUAAAUCAGGAUAAAUGGACAUGCAGAUUCUGUCAAUCCAGAGAUUGGAUUUCUUGAGCUACAGUUGAAUUUUUAAAUGCUUGUAACAUUUGAUUGCAGUUAAAUUGCAGAAGACCUUAGUCUUCUGCCUUCAGCUGUAAAUGUCUAUCUACGUAUUUAACCAGCAUAAGUUGAAAUUUAUUAAAUCUCUUAUUCCAUUUUCUUUAGCCCCCUUCACAUUGAGGCUCUUCUCUGCAGACAAACAUGCAGUUAGCAGCAGGCUCUGCCCUCCUGCCAUUCACAUCUGCAAUGUGCAUUCACAUGUGCCAGCAUGUGCCGUACUCUGUGUGUUUGGAAACCCUGCUUCUUCAGGGGUCCCAGUCACGUAGAGCCCUGCCACCACUAGCAUUUCAAUACCUAAGGGCAGAGCCUACUGCUGCCCACCAUCUGUGCGUUCAUUGUGUAUGUGGAAAAGAGUCUUUUUAACAUAUGAAGAGAGCUUUUCAGUUAUUGGUUUGUAUAUGUUUUUGCUUCAAACUGUAAAUUCUAAUCUGUGUUGAGAAAACAGAGGCCACUACUUUGCUAGAAAUAUAUAUUUGAUUCUAACAGGCAGGCAAUUUAAUUUAAAAAAAUGUGUGCUGUAUUUUUCAGUGUUGGCAGAGGCAACGAGCUCUUUAUAGCCAGAGGCACAUCAUUAUAGUUAUAAAGACUUCUUAAAGAGCAGAUAACAUAUCAUUACUGAUAGUAAUGUUUUGAUAUAUUUUAUACAACAGAUCAAAUGUUGGAGAAUAUUUGCAAAGAGAUUUUUGUGUUUGGUCAUUGGGUAGAAAAAUAUCUCUGAGAUGAAUUAAAAUUAUUCAUACAAGUUAAACAGGCAUAGCAUAUUCUGUCUGAAGAACCUCUUUUGCUUGCAUAGAAAUAUUAAACAAACUCUAUAUUCCCUAACUCUGCCCCCUUUUAAAACACAAUAAAGCUAAAAUUACAUACCAAAGGAAAAAAUUAAUACAGUUAUAUAUAUUAAAGUACUCAAUUACAAGAUUCAGUUUGUAAACUCAGCAGUAAUUUGUUGAAGUAAUUCCAAUUUUUAUAAGUAAGUAAUCCAGUUGUAAUAAAUGUGUGAUAUAUCUUUUAUAGUUGAAGUAUUACUUUCACAAAUUCUAUAACUGAGUUUAUAUGGAUAUUUUAAAUGUUUAUACAGUUUCAGUAAACAGAGAUAUUUUUCCCCACGCAGAUUAUCAACUUUAUAUUUUUAUGAGAUGCUCAAAAAAAAAGAAAGAAAAAGACUCUAUUUCUAUAUAUUUCAUUUGGCAUAAUUUUAUUGAACAAAAGUUCAAGAAUAUUUUUGAGAGGUUUUUUUGGUAUUGUUCAUAGAAAAAUGCAUGAGUAUUUGCAUUUACUAUAAAGUUGCUGUCAGGGAUAAUAAUGUCAUUUUGGUUUCUUGUUUUGAGGAAUGUUAAAGGAUCUUUGAUAUCAACUGGAUUUUUGAAGUGCACAAUGAACAUUAAAACAAAUAUAGUUUUAGCCUAA